UGUUUCAGCCUCGUCAAAGUCGAUUGUGCUAUUUAACAAUUAACUGAACACAAUCUUCCUCUUUUUUCAAACUUACUAAAAUCAUUCUGCCUGGCUUUGCAUCUCACACUACUUGAUAAUAAUGGACAGAUUAAACACCCCACAAUUAGAAUCACUCCAAUCAAAAGAUCAAGCCGCGCUUCUCGACACUGUUGAUGAGAUACGACGACAUGGAGUGAAUCGUUACAUUUCGCUCCCUCAACUUAUUGUCUGUGGAGACCAAAGCUCUGGCAAGAGCUCCGUUCUAGAAGCCAUCUCAGGCGUGCACUUCCCCGUCAACGAUGGUCUCUGUACACGGUUCACAACAGAAGUUAUUCUGCGUCGGGCGUCCGAAGAUCUUGCCUCUGUGAAACUGAUUCCAGCUAAAGGAGCGAGCGCAGAACACAGAAAUAAACUGUCGCAAUUUCAAAGGAGCUCGAUCAGCCAUGAGGAAAUCCCAACAUUGAUAUCCGAGGCCAAGGCAAUCAUGGGCUUGACAGGUAGCAGCACCUUUUCGCGAGAUAUAUUACAGUUGGAAGUCUCGGGCCCUAGGCUGCCUCAUUUGACUCUGGUCGAUCUUCCCGGUUUAAUUCAUCAUCACAACAAGGAACAAACUCAAGAGGAUGUCCAGAUUCCUAUUGAUUUGGUGCGAAAAUACAUGUCUCAGCCCCGGAGUAUUGUACUGGCUAUUGUAACUGCAAAGAAUGAUACUUCGAACCAAAUAGUUCUUAGAAUGGCAAAGCAGUAUGAUCCCCAAGGGGUCAGAACGAUGGGUAUUAUCACAAAGCCCGAUUGCCUCAUCAAAGAUAGUCCAAACGAGUCAGCAUUCUUUACGCUAGCUAACAAUAAGGAGACUUAUUUCAAGCUGGACUGGCACAUUCUCCGAAAUGGCGAUUUCAACGAGCGGAAAGAUUCCGAAUUCAAUCGUGAUAAAGCAGAGCAUGAAUUCCUUGCUAGUGGAAUAUGGAAGAAUCUACCAUCCUCGAAGCGUGGCGUGAAUUCUCUUCGGAAAAGACUCAGCCAUGUUCUUUAUCAGCAAAUUCAAAAAGAACUUCCUAGUCUGCUAAAGGAGAUUGAGCUUGAAUUGACAGCCUGCAAGACAGUCUUGGACCGGCUCGGAGCAUCUCGUGAUACUCAGAGUAGUCGCCGUCAGUAUCUGACCGGCAUGGCAACACGGUUUCAUGAUCUAGUUAAAGCUGGAAAUGAGGGCACGUAUCAAGAUUUAUUCUUCAAAAUCGAAGAUUUAGCCUCUUUAAGGCCUUCGAAGUCGGGGCAGGAUGAGCUCGAGCAAUUCAACAACCGACUACGUGCAAUCUUAAGACAAAAGGAACAAAGCUUCUCGGACAAGAUGCAUGAGUCGGGUCACACCUAUCAAAUUGUUAAUGAAAGAUUCCAAUCCAAUCUCGAGGGCCCAAAAUACAUAUCGGAAACGUAUUUUUUGAAUGAAAUUCGUGUCCUUCUUGAUCAAAGCAAAGGAAAAGAACUCCCAGGGACGUUCACACCACUAUUAGUCGGCGAUUUGUUCCUACGUCAAUCAAUGAAUUGGAAGUCAAUCGCUAUGGAGUUUGCCGAGGACAUGUGGAAUAUUGUCAAGAAAUUCCUAGAUAACGUCUUAACUGAGGUUGCCGAUGAAAAUGUGAGACACGCUAUUCUUGACGAAAUAAUUGACCCAGCUAUGGACGGAGUACUCUUGAAACUCAAAGAAAAGGUGACUGAGCUGCAUUCUCCUUAUUCCAAGAGUUAUCCGGCAACCCUCAACCCUCGAUUCGUUCAGGAGCUUGAGAAAAAGCGAUCUCAAAAGUUGUUGGGAUCCUCGUCUGCACCAACGAGGGAAGACAACAAUGAGCACUCCAGCAUUUAUGCAUGCCGGGAACUGCUUUAUCUAAUGCAGGCUUAUUAUGCAGUCGCUAUAGAAGUUUUUAUAGACAACAUUGCCAUUCUCGCCAUUGAAAACUGCCUCAUGGCCGAGCUCGAGGGCUUGCUAUCGCCGCUUACAGUUUCUGGAAUGGACGAUGGAAUGCUGGAGGCAAUUGCAUUCGAGUCAGAAGAUGUGCGCGAAUUGCGCAGCCAAACAUUGGACAAGCAAUUCUCUCUGCAAAAAAGCUACGAACUAUGCCGACGACAAGCUAGAAAACUCGCUUCAAACCGUCUAAAUGCAGAUUCAGAAAGCACCGGUUCCACAAUAGAACCUGUCAAAGAAGAAGUUUCUGUUGUGAGCACUAACGCACCAGUUAGCAAGGAAUCGCCGGUGCCUAAUCCAUCAAACGGUACAGGUGCCUACAAGACAACGUCGAGAUCUGUAUUACAAGACAAAAAGCCAGAUUUUCUCACAUCAGGAACGACAGUUCAAAGUUCUCCAGACAAAACUAGUUCCAGUGCUGCACAUCUUGGAAAACCUCAGAUUACACGAGACGUUACUGUAACAUCACUUUUUGAAGGAACAGCUGCAUUGAGUCAUGAUAGCAGUGGUAGUAUUCCAAAGAGUCCAUUUGCAAAUCCUGUCUCUCCCCCAACCGCCACCGGUCUAUUUGGAAGUAAAUUAUCUCCAGCUUCUCAGGGUUUAGGAAACAGCAACAUUUUCUCGGAACAAGUCCAGUCCACAGGAACGUCUGGAACGUUAUCAGCUGGAGGGAUAUUUGUUGGAGGAGAGUCUGUUGGAGGAGAGUUUGGUGGAGGGGUUGGAAGCAGACCAGGAGGACUCUUUGGUAACCCUCCGAAAACGCCCGCUGCUACAACAACUCCAGCAAAGACUACUCCUUCAUUGUUUUCCAACUCACAGGACCCGGAAGAGUCUUCAAAGAAAGGAAUAAAUUUCUCCUAUUUCAACUCUAUCCCAAACUCUUUUGAUGUUUCAUCUGAUAAGCUCGUGAAACAAGAUAAAGACUUCACGUCAGGCGGCACAAACAAUUGGGUCCAUAUAAGUCGGGCCGAUGAUUAUCAUCAAUUCCAACCUGAGGAAAUCAGACUCAAAGAUUAUUACUAUCGCGACUCGACGAAAAAUUAAAGAUGCGGUAUUAUCAAUGACGGUGAGGUAUUCACGCAUUUGAAUAUGGGUUCACUAUAUACUAACCAGUUCUGUAUGUACAUAGGGCAUCAAUUGAUGUUCUGUUUUAAAAAGAUGCCCCAUAUCACUAUUAUCAGCAGUCUUUAGUGGCCGGUGACAUAAACACUAAAUUGUUACAAUUCUUACAAAACGGGCCCCGAACACGAAUAUAACUUGA